UAUCACUGCUGAAAAAGACUAUAAUAACGACAGCGCGCGAAGGUGACUGAAACGUCAAAUUUGUUUUUCAAAAGUUCAUUAAACAUGAGUAAACCAGAUAUUCGAACAAAAAGAGUGCCAGUGGAAUUGAAACGAUUAAAUGCUUCCUAUGAAGUUCAUUGUAUUGACUGCAAGCCGGCUGACGAAGGAGAUUUUACAAAGCUGCAGGCCAUUGUGCCAGGACCCAAGGAUUCAUCCUAUCAACGGGGAAAAUUCAAAGUAUCGAUAGAAUUCACAGCACAAUAUCCAUUUCAACCGCCUGUGGUAAAAUUUAUUACACCAAUUUACCACCCAAACAUUGAUAAUGCUGGGAAAAUAUGCCUAGAUAUCCUGCGACUACCUCCAAAUGGUUCCUACAAUCCAGCGAUAACAUUAGAAUCCAUUUUACUAUCCAUUCAACUGCUACUAGCGUCACCAAAUCCCGAUGAUCCGUUACAGAGCAACAUUGCCGACGUUUACAAACACGACAGAGAAACAUUCUAUAAAAAUGCACGAGAAUAUACUGAAAAAUAUGCGACAGAUGACUGUGAACCUGAGGUAAAGAAGAAAAAAACCUACAGUUGAAUUUGGGAGCUUAUUUGUUUGCAAUUUAGGAUGACUUCGAUAUUGCAUAUUUCUUAUAAUGUUAUAUUAUGAAAAUAAAUUUAUCUACACUUCGAAUGUGUCAUUAAA